AUGCUCCUCGGUAAGCCUGGCAGUACCGGGGACUGCGGACCGGGGGGCUCCGAUCUCGAAUGGUGCCCCGAAGGCCCCCAGGCUCGGGAAAAUGGCUCGCUUACCCCGCCCCCGCUGGCGCGCACGGGUCACGUGACGGCCACGCUCGGCCGCUCCCGGCGCCAGUCCAGGAGGCCCGUUCCCGCGGCCGCCCGAGGGGCGUGCGGAGGGGGCCGCACAAAGGCGUGCGCUCGAGAGAGCAAGGCCGGCAAACUCGCCGAGGACGGAGCCGCCAGCCCCUGCAGCGCGAUCCGCACCAACUUCAGCACCAAGCAACUGACGGAGCUGGAGAAAGAGUUUCAUUUCAAUAAGUACUUACCGCGAGCCCGACGCAUCGAGAUAGCCAAUGCCUUGCAGCUGAACGACACCCAAGUCAAAAUUUGGUUCCAGAACCGGAGGAUGAAACAGAAGAAGAGGGAACGAGAAGGGCUCCUGGCCACGGCCAGCCCCGUGGCCUCCUUCCAGCUCCCCCUCCCAGGGAGGAGCCCCACCAAGCCAGGCAAGCGCCCCCCGAGCCCGUCCCAGGCCCAGGAGCCUUCGUGAGCUCAGCUCUGGCGGCUGACAGCCGGAGGAAGUCAAGGCCGGGCCCAGGUCGGGAAACGUCCAGCUCCGCCGGGCCUGGGGGUGAGCUGGGCAGAAGUUCACAGGGGUUUCUCAUGGGCAAAACCACAUUUCCCCCUUUGGCUUCUGAGUUGCCGCCAGUGUGUGUACAGAAAUUCAUUUGAUGCCUCUUAAGCCACUUGUUUGAGCGUUGCUUGUGACUUUUAUCCGGAAAAAGGUACCAGCCCAUCCCUCUGCUAAUUUGCCGAACUUAGUCUUAGGCAGUUCUGUGGGUGGUGAGGGGCGCAGCCUCCUCGUAAGCUCACAGGAGCAUCCGUCCAAAGUUCGCCUGUUUUUGUUUUCCUUGAAAGGAUAAGGCAACAUGUAUUCAGCUUCCCGAGGCGACCAAAGCUAAUUAAGAGCUCCUUGAAGUUGCUUCAAUGAGCUGCUUCAAUGGUGAUCUCCACCUUUGUACUCUUUUCCCUUUAAAAAGCAGUUUCUACCUCUCCAUGUGCCUGAGUGAAGAUACAAUCACUAGUUAGUAGCUGAACAAACUCACAGGGUGGGUAAAUAUUGCAACCUGAACUCUACCUUGACCUCAGUUGCCCAAACUUGAAUGUAAAUAUAUACAGUAUGUAUAUUUUUUAAACAAAAGAUUUGCUUGCAACAAACUUAAUAUGUGACAUUUAAUGUCAUAGCAUGUAAACGGUUUGAAUUUCUUUUUUGUAAUAAAAAUUACAGAACCUGCUA